GGUUUCAUUAUUAUUAGCAAAUAAGACCAAGUCAACAAACUAACUUAAACAUUGUGGAUCGUCCACUUGUCCGACUCUUACGUCAAACCCAUCAUUGUUCCACAUAUCUCCACGCGUCAAUCUCUCUAUAAAUACGAACAAAUGAACACGUAUCAAUUCAACUCAAAAAGUAACAAUUUGAAUUACUUCCGCAAAUCUAAAAUAAUAUCUAGUGAAGCGAAUAUGUGUUUCUUUGAUAAUCGGUGCGAUCAGAAUCUGACGGUGGUGGUGGAUGUGGCGUGGUGGAUGGAGGCUGUUCCUCCACAAAUCAUUUCUCCGGCGAAGCCAUCGGUUUCUCCGAUUCUUGAGACGAUUUUAGAAGGCGGAGAGACCGAAGAAGACAAUCAAGAACAAGAAAACGAGGACGUGUAAAUUGUAAUGAUCAUUUUGUUACUCGGUCUUGGGUUUAAGAUAGACUCUUGUUGUUGUUGUUGUUUUUUCUAUAACUGUAUAAGAUGAGAUUUUGUAUUGUAUCUUUUGUACAAUCAAAUCUCAGUUCUUUGUGAAAUUUUCAUUCAACUUUCACAUCUUGUACGCUCGGUGAUCUGUUGUUAUAUGCUCACGAGUUGGUAAUUAAAGACAAAUCUUAAUAUACUUUCUAACCGAACCGGGACGAUAACCGGUCCACGACAAAAAAUCAGUAUCUUCAAAUAUCAAACCAAACUUAAACCUGAAACCAGUCUCACCGCUAUUUCUGUUUGGUGCGAUCAUUUUCUCAACCAAAAGAAUCUAAUUUACAUUAAUUUUUAAUAAAGACAUGUAUGAUUUAUCUGCAAACUAAAGCAGUGUACGCAUACUUAUGUUUCAACUUUCGAGCAUCACCUAAAUAUGAAACAUA